UCGGGCCAUUUUCCUGUCGGUCCCCUUUUCUAUUAAAGAAGAAAAUCACGAAAAUCGCUGGGGGAAGAGAGAGAGAGAAACACAGCCACACUUGGAGAGGUCGCACAGAAGACAGCAAAUAGCGCCUUUCUGCUCGCGGAUCAGUCGGAAUCUGCGGUGCAUGCACAGCGUUUCUCCCCCCGUGCGCGCGCGCGUGUGUGUGUUUACAAGUGUUUGAGCGAGUGUCAGAAACGAGGGAAGAAGGAGGAUAAAACCAAGGAAGGAGGGAUGGUGGACAAUUCAAGCAGUAGUAAGGCACAAAUGGUGAGUCGCGGUCCUGCUUAGCGUCCCAUCGCGUUUCUCUGAUCUGUAACGAGCUAAAAAAAAAAACCCCGAUAGAGGCAGUUUGACCGUGUUUUAUGCGGGACGAUACGUUUUCUAAAGGAAAAAAGAGGGGAAAAAACUUUCAGAGCUAAUUUCACCUUAUGCCCAGCAUGUCUCAGGAACCUAGUGUGGCUUUUCCUCAGAGCACCUCUACAGGAGGGAUGAAGCUGGAGGCAGUCAUGGAGCAGCUCCAACGCCAACAGCAGGCCCGACUGGAAAUGGAACGCAAGGAGAGGAAGCUGCGAGAGGCCCACAUCAUGUAUGCUCAGCAGGUUGCUGCCCAGCAGGCUAUCCUGGCAGCUGCCCGGGCUUCUGGGGCAAGUUUCAUGGGCAAAAGCCUGGCUGGAGGCGUCCCUGGUGGCGGAUUGCCUCCCCGCGUUUCCAAUCAGAGCAGCGUGGACUCGGAAAGAGAGGAUGAUGAGGACAGAGGCCGGGAUUCUGGGGAUGAGGAUGAUGACAAUGAGAUGAUGGAGGGAGAUGAGGGCAGUGAUGAGGAUGAGGGAAGUGCCAGUGGUCUGGAGUUUCUCCGCAAGCAGACCCUCGCUUUGCAGCAGAGCGCCUCCCGCAUCCCGGCCCGUCCAUUUGGCAGUUACUCAGCUUCGGCCCCCCACAGGGCUGCGUCGCCACCUAUCAGAGUGAAGCAGGAGCCUGACGAGGGCCUGUCUCCUGCGGGGCCUCACUCCGCUACCUCUCCUAACGGACAGGCAGACUGGGGCUUUGAAGAUCACUUCAGACAGAAUGGGAGUGCAGGCUGGGCGGAUGAGGCUGACAGUAACAGAGGGAGAGGAGAGGCCUCCAGAGACUUUGCUAAGUUGUAUGAGCUGGACAGUGACCCCAAAAGGAAGGAGUUUUUGGAUGACCUCUUCACUUUCAUGCAGAAAAGAGGAACCCCUGUCAAUCGCAUCCCCAUCAUGGCCAAGCAGGUCCUGGAUCUGUACAUGCUGUACAAGCUGGUGACAGAAAAGGGAGGCCUGGUAGAGGUCAUCAACAAGAAGAUCUGGAGAGAAAUCACAAAGGGACUCAACCUUCCUACCUCUAUCACCAGUGCAGCUUUCACCCUGCGCACACAGUAUAUGAAAUACCUGUACCCGUAUGAGUGCGAGAGGAAAGGCCUCAGUUCCCCGGGUGAGCUCCAGGCCGCUAUCGACAGUAACCGCCGCGAGGGUCGUCGCCCGAGCUACAGCAGCAGCCUCUUCCGCUUCUCUCCUUCUCCCAGCACUGCCCCACACAUCCUCUCACCUCCUAAGAUGCACCUUUCAGCUCUGGGGGCCGGGACCUCAGGGGCCCUCAACGGCCUGCAGGCUUCACCAGGACCCUCUAUGAAGAAAGAUGACUUGACCCCCUCCAUUAUGGCAGCAAGGCCCUCCAUGGCUCUGGCCCUGGGUCACCAGCAGGUCGCUGGUUUGGCAAGAGCCGCCACACUGGAGCAGCUGAGAGAAAAGCUGGAGACCGGCGGCGGAGGAGAGGGGCCAGAGAGGAAGAUGGCCCGCCUCGCAGAGGAGCAGCAGCGCCUUAUGCAGCAGGCUUUCCAACAUAACCUGCUGGCUAUGGCUUCCCAAAUGCCUAUGAACCUGCGUCUGGGAGCCCCCGCCAUAACCACCAGAGAUGAGAAGCAGCAGGAUAUGUCUCUGAGCAUCUCAACUAAUGGAAAUGCCAGCAUCACUGUCUCAGUGGAGGUUAAUGGCACAAUCUACUCAGGAACCCUGUUUGCCCACAAGUCUGGUGGGGCCCCGGGGUCUGCUGUGUCAGCUGCUGCUGCUUCAGCCUCUCCUGCUGGAACCAGCACUAGCUUUGGCUUCUCAGCAGCCCCGGCUCAGCCCCUCAGCCCCACGUCCUCCUCCUCCUCCUCCUCCAAGGGCCCUGGCUUGGCUGAGCCGGCUCCCAGCGAGUCACCCUAACUCAAGCUGCCCUUUGUACCUCCUCCCCAGGCCUCUCUUCCACAGGGAGACCCCGCAUGAAAAUACAGUACAAUGAGAAACCGAUAAGAAUAACAAACUGUUGCACAACAAAUACCUCAUCAACCCUGUCAACCUCUUGGCUGUCCAAUCAUGAACACAGAGCCUGAGAAUAUUACGACAUCAUGUGCCCAAACGCACAGCUAUGCAUUUUAUUCAACACUCACUCACUCACUCGCACUCACUCACACACACACACACACACACACACACACACACACACACACACACACACACACACACACAUACAACCACACAUACACAGACACUCAAUCUACACACACUUAUUAAUUCUAAUAUAUACAUGCUAAACACAAUCAGCUCAGCCAAAACCCACUGACAGGUGUAGUCACAACUGAACUUGAAAAGUUAUCUUAGGACAUUUUGUUUGUUUGUUGCCAUUUUGUUGUCUUUUUGAUUUUGUGUUUUAGAAUGAUUUUGUUUUUAGUUUUUCUCUUUUUACAUACCUCAAAUCAAGUAACCUGCAGUGGUGUCUUUACCUCAGGAGCUGUAGUAUAUUUAACCUGAAUCAACUUUAUUUUUUUAUUCUUUUUGACCUAGUUGCAAUCAGGGGAAGUCGGGUAAUUCUCACCAGUGGAACCUAGUGUACAGAGCACCCACCUAACAGUGACAGGCCUCCAACCCGGGCCUCUCAGCUCUCUUUGACACGCUGUAGCCCCUUGCUGAACUCAAGCUGGUGAAUGAUCAGAUGCUGUAGAUCAGCACCUUAAAUACCUCAUUUCAUUUCUCCGCCCUCAGUUCAGAUUACGUGCAGGUCCGCACAAGUUGUCCUUAAACAAGUAACGCACAAAGCUGGGGGAACAGAAUUUUAAUCAACCUACAACAAGCCUAGCAGACCCUUAGCUCAUUUCUCCACUCGGCUCCUAUCUCUGUUACAGAGCAGUAGUACUGAGGCAUUCUUAGCUCCUGCUACAGAAUCAGGUUUCAGUUUGUUUUCCCUCAUUUUGUUUGUGCAUCCUUCCUCCAGCUGCAGUCAACGAGCUGAAUGGCGUCAUUGGCAGCGCAUAGUUUUCAGACCUCAUACCAGCCUCUUGGCUCUGGAGGGCGUCUCUCUCAGGAAGCAAUGUGACAACUGCAAGGAAUCACUGUUAAUUUAAAGAGAAAAAAAAAAGGAUUCAUACCUGAAGAAUGCACAAGUCUACAUGACUGUUUCAAGAAUACCUCAUCAGACUCUCUCAAAAGGAGAGUUACACUACAUACCUCAUAUGGCUGCAAGGCCAUCGAGACUUAAUGCCCCAACCCGUGAUGGAAAUCGUACCUGAACUGAAACGGAUAUAAACGUACUGACACACUGCUGGUGGUUUUGGGGACAAACAGAACUGGGAUGGGCUUGCUAUCUCUCUCCUCCUGUAUUUACUUGUAGAACGUAUUUUAUGCUUGCUUCGAUUAUCUUUCUUUCUUUCUUUCUUUUUUUUUUUGGAUUGCUGAAGUUGUCUGUGAAGAGUGGUAUAUCUGCAUCUUUUUCAGGGAAGAGGAAAACAAUUGCUCGUUCCUCACUCACACGUGUAGAUUUGUAGGAUUAACAGGUGUCAAGGGUCCCGGCAUCAAGAAACAUAAAAACGACCAUAGUAACCUUAAAUUUGACUGUGAACUUCUAAAUCACAGUUAACGCGUUCUUUCACGACAGCGACGAAAUGAUAUGCAUGUGUACAAUCAUGUGACCAGUGUUUUAACACCCUAAUCCUCUGGUUCACAUUAGACUCUGGUUAUUGCACAGCUAGAUACCAAAGACUAGCCAAGUCGCUCCUCUAGAAUGACCACUCAUACAAUCCGCUGUGGUGCACAACAAGGCAGUUCCAGGUCUAUUUUAGACUGAAAAAAUGUUGCAUCUAAUCUCACUUUUUGAUUUUUUUUUUAAAAUCUAAAGCAAGUAAAAAUACCUUUAGGGUGACAUGAGAUAAAUUCCGUUGUUUCCCAUUGUAUGGCUUGACAGGAUUAUUGGAACGUUACAAGUGAAAAAAACAAAUUUGAAAUUGGAUUGAAAGUCUCAAAAUCUGAUUUUGUGACAUGUACAAAUGGACAUCUUUUGUAGGAUAUUAGCAGAUAUUUAAGUGUCGUUUCCAGAACAGAAGCCCAGAUGCUGUUGCUUCUCCGAGCUGUCUCCCUAAUUUAAUCCCAAAACGUCCCAUUGUGGACGCAGUCCCUCUCAGCCAAUGUGGACAGAGCCACUUCCUGAUAAUCCAAGAACAGCUGGAUUAUCCCUUCAAUUGUAAGGUGGUUUUCUCCCUUUAAGAUAAAUCCUUAGCAUUUUGAAAUACCAUAAAGGAUGAAAAUGAAUUUUCUAGCUUUCUGUGUUGAAUGUGAGGCAUUUUAACUGUUUAGAAACCUCUUUAAGCCCAGUGUGAUCUGGGGUGGGCAGCCUUGUUGCUUUUAUUAGACUAUAUUUUAGCCAUUAAGUGUCAGGUUUUGCAGACAUUUUGCAGUGCAGAUCACAGUUGAGGGUUUGAGGGGUUUGAGGAUGGUGCUGUUAGUCCUUUUGGUGUACCCUUCAGAACCCUGUAUGACACAUAACUGUAUUUUAUAAAGGUGAGAAUUGUAGAUGCUGCCUUAAAAGUAGUUGCUGGUGAGAUCCUGCCAGUGCAGGUUUCACCACUCAGCUGGCAGGGAAAAUGUCUUUCUCUUCAAGCUUAAUCCUUUGGAGAGUAAUCACUUUUUUUGGGGGGGGG